AUGCACCAGACACACCAACAGGGGCCCCCAGCCAGCUGGGGCCCCCUGGGCUUAAAGGGGUACGAAGCUCACAGCAGGCAGAGCUCGGGGGCCUCAGACGCAGCAACAGCAGCAACUGCAGCAACAAGAGCAGCAGCAGCACCCUCAGCAGCAGCAGCAGCAGCAGCAGCAGCAGGGGCCUCCUGGCUGCAGAGAUGCCCCGUAUGCGGCUGCAGCAUAGGGGCCUGCAGCUGCGAUGCAGCAGCAAUAGCAGCACAUCGUCAGCAGCAGCAGCAGCAGCAGCAGCUCGUACAUAAGAAAAGGCAGCAGCUGCAGCAGCAGCACGAACAGCUGGAGCGGAUGAAAUCCUUACAGCAGCAGCAAAAGGCUUUGCUGCAGCAGCAGCUGCUGCAACAGCAGCUGCUGCAGCAGCAACUCAACAGCAAUGAAGGCCCCAAGGGGGGCCCCCCUGUCCCUAGCAGCCUUCAGAUGCUGCGGGCCAGCUCGCUGCCUCCGGGCCCCACCAGGGGCUCAGGUGUCUCUUCAUGGCAGCAGCAGCAGCAGCAGCAGCAGCAACUGCAGCAGCAGCAACUGCAGCAGCAGCAUGGUAGAGGUAUCCCUGCAGCAGCAGCAGACAGCAGCAGCAGCAGCAGCAGCAGCAGCAACGAACUACAGAAUUUCUUGGGCCCCCGUCUGCUCGCUGCCUUCAAACGGCUGCAGCAGCACGGGGCCCCCGAGGGCCUCUUGCCGCCUCAACUGUCUCCUUUUGGGGGCCCCCCUGCUGCUGCUGUCCCUGCUGCCCGUAUAGGAGCAGCAGCAGCGCCAGGAAUAGCUGCUGAUGCUGCCGCUGCUGCUGCUGCUGGUGUGUCUCCUCUCUGGAGCCUGCAGGGGCGAGAAGAAGCCCCUUUCAGCAGCAACAGCAACGGCAACAGCAGCAGCAGCAGCAGCAGCAGGCAGCAUCUGUCUGGAUCAGAAGUUGCUUUGAGAUAUUUUGGUGCUGCAGAAAGGAGACAAGGAGACAGCAGACAGCAGCAGCCCCUUCCGUCCCCCCUAGAGGUCCCCAGCAGCAACUGGCAGCAACCAGGGCCUCAGCAUGCGCUUGCUGCUGCCAAUCCAAACCCAGCAGCAGCAGCAGCAGCAGCAGCAGCAGCAGGAGCAGCAGGAGCAGCAGCUGCUGUGGAAAUACAGUCAGGGUGUGUGCCCCACGAGAGACAGUCUGCUGCAGCAGCUACUGAGAGUCUGUGUGUGCUGUCUCCUACAAAGGAGACAGAAGGAGACAGAGACGAAGAUAUCUGGCAGGAGACACCUGAGGGCCGCAGGGCCCUCCGCGCUUACCUGGUUGAGCUGCAGACAAGGCUUGCUGCAGCAGAGCAGCAGGCGACACAUAACUUUGUUGGCUGUCUAUACAGAGACAUUCAUCUGCAGCAGCUCAGCCAGCAGCUGCCCCCGCACCCCAGUACCCAGGGGCCCCCCGCUGAUGGGGGCCCCCCAUCAGGUCCCUCCCCAGGAGCAGAGGGUGAGGAGACAGAGGAGACAGCAGCAGAAGAGAGUGGCACGCUGCAGCAGCAGCAACAGCAGCAGCAACAGCAGCAUCAGGAGCUGCAGCAGCAGCUGCAGCUGCUUGGCGGCGAGAGAGAGCACCUGAAGGAGGCCCUCAAGCGCAAACACGUCGCAGAGAUGAAACUCAGGGCCCACGUAGCUUCUCUCUCAGCUGUCAAUGAGCAGCUGCAGGCAGAGGCCUCUACGCUGAUGAACUUUCACAGACUGGCCGAGGCGCACGGACCCGAAGCAGCAGAGAAGCUGCUUCUGCAGCAACUGCGGUCUCAAGCAGAAGGCCAAAAUACCCAAAUCAAAGACCUGCAGCGAAUGCUCGCCAACAGAGAAGCUCAGGUGUCUGCGCUGGAGUGCGAGGUGGCGCUGUGCCGGAAGGCCCUGGGGGCCUUUAAGACCCUUCUGCAGACUCAGGGGGGCCCUCAACAUCUGAGCCUUCAGAAUGGGGCCCCCCAAGAGGGGGCCCCCAAAGAGGGGGCCCCCCAAGAGGGGGCCCCCCAGGAGGGGGCCCCUCAGCAGGGGGCCGCUCAGCAGGGGGCCGCUCAGCAUGAGCCUCCUCAGCAGGGGGCCCCCCAGCAGGGGCCCCCUCAGCAGGGGCCCCCUCAGCAGGGGCCCCCUCAGCAGGAGACACCUCAGCAGGGGGCCCCUAGGCAGGAGGGGGCCCCUGAGGCCCAGUGUCUCCUCCCCCCGAAGGAAGACAGAUCGACGCAGACGGAGGCUUCGCAGAGUCCCCCCAGGCCGCAGGAGACAGCAGAGCUGCGGCCCUCUACGCUGUCUCCAUUGGAGACAGAGGAGACUCUUGAGGAGAGAAAGGAGACAGCAGCUGCUGUUGCUGCAGCCUCAGCACCAGCAGAGAGAAAGGAGACAGCAGCGGCUGUUGCUGCAGCCUCAGCACCAGCAGCAAGAGACACCGAGGAGACACCACAGCAGCUUAUUACAACGGAGACAGCAGCAGGAGACACUUGUGCUGCAGCUAACAAACACAGACACACACACACGAUCCCCAGGGGGAUCGGCCCCGUCAUGCGGUAUACUGUGGGGCCAGCGACGGGAUACGAACACAGAAGAGACGAUGCAGUCGACAGCGCCGUGGCUGCUCUGAGCAGUGCUAGAAUAAAUAAAGUGUUAUUCACCCGCGUCUGCAGCGGCAUAUAUCUCUACGGCCACCUCGCCGUGGCUAUGCGUCUCAGCCCCACAGGAGAGCUGCGAGUCUCCUUUGAGGGUAGAGACUAUACAGCCAAGGAUUUUAUACAUUGCUUUGAAGAUGCAGAGUUUAAAUAUCUGAAGAGGAGACAGAAGGAGUCGGGGCGCGCGGUGUCUCUUGAGGUGUGUCCCCACAGUAGCCCUCGCCAGCAGCAGCAGCAGCAGCAGCAGCAGCAGCAGCAGCAGCAGCAGCAGCAGCGGAGACAAUCAAAGCAGCAGAACUGUCCCCUCUCUGCAAGGGCCAGAGGCACCUCUGUCUCCUUUGAAGGGAGAAAGGGACACCACGCCAAACGCCGCACCACCAUAGCAGCGCUACCAAUGAGCCCCACGAAAGACUCCACCCCCCGCUGCAGCAGCAGCAGCAGCAGCAGCAGCAGCAGCAGCAGCGGUCGUCGUCUUGUCUCCAGGGUUCCUUCAUGCCGUCUCCUCCCCUGCAAUAUCAGCCCAAGCCAGAACACAGGGGCUGGGGGGCCCCCCAGGGGCCCCACUCAACUGGUUGCUGUGUACAGCUCAAAGAGGGCCCCCAUCGCCCAGCAGUGCAGCAGCAGCAAGACCUCAUCCAAGGCAGCUGCAGCAGCAACAGCGAAAUCAGCUGCAGUAAUGACAACAAGAAUGCAUGCAACAGCAGUCUGGCCUUUAUCUGCUGCUGCUGCUGCAGCUGCUGCUGCUGCUGCUGCUGCUAGCUCUGGAGGGCUUCGGAGCGCGAGGCAAAGACAGCGGAUGCGGGCCGCCAGCGCAGCUCCCCCCCAGCAAGCGAGCAGCAAGAGGGCCCCCCACAGUAGAAGUGGGGGCCCCGGGGCCCCCGGGGCCCCCGGGGGCCCCGGGGGCCCUGGGGGCCCCGACAAACCCCCAGCUGCUCGCGCUAAGGACUUGCGGGCCCCACAAACCGCAGCAGCAACAGGAGCAGCAGAAACAGCAGCAACAGCAACCGCAGCAGCACCGACGCUAACAGCAGCAGCAGCAGCAGCAGCAGAGCCUGUACUUCGCUCCGCUCAGAGAUGCUACGGGGCCUUGUAG